ACGUCAGCCACGUCAACCCUGGCAAUCAUGGAGUAACAGAGGGUACUGCCGGACCACCAUCACGUCCUAUUUUAGAUUCUUGAAAGAAUGAAACUCGGGAAGAUUUAAGGACCCAAGAAACAGAAACCUGGGUGCAAAAGAAGUACCAUGACAGACGGGAGUGAGGGGACCUGUGUCAGGAAUGGAAACCCUUAAGCUGUGGGGAGCCUGUGCUUGGAUAAAAGAGACCCUGGGCCAAGAGCUAGGGAAGGAAUGGAGCACUUGUGGCUGGAAGAAAUUAUGGGCCAAUGUCCCGGCAUCCAAGUCAGAGAUUCCUCAGGAGAUAGCUGACAGACGAAAACCAAGCAUGCCCUAUAUCCAAAGGAAAGGGCACCCUGACUAGGAAGGCAGAAUAAUGAACGUUCAUCAAUAAAUAGUCAACAAGGCUGGACGGUGGUGUGGUGGCACACACCUUUAAUCCCAGGCAAAGGCAGGCAGAUCUCUGUGAGUUCAAGGCCAGCCUGGUCUACGAGAGUUAGUUUCAGGACAGGCUACAAAACUACAGUGAAACUCUGUCUCGAAAAAACAAACAAACAAACAAAAAACAAUAGUCAACAAAUGCCUGUACCAAGAUGUGCCCCUGAGGUGUUUUGAGCGCCCUCGGGAAGUACAGCGCCGGCACUGUGUAUCCAGCAGAACGCAGUGAGGGCUCAUCUCCCAGGCACAAGGUGUUUUCCUGUCCCCAGCCCCAGCAGCAGCAAAGGAGCCAGGCAUGGAAGACAUGGGAAUGGUGGCCCUGGCCCCUCUGACUGAUGUGCUGAACAGCCCACAGCUCAGUCCUGCAGCAGGCUCCCUUAUCAGCCCCCUGGGAGCCCCCCUUAAUCCCCUGCUCUCCGGCCAAAUGCCCCUGCAGCCAAACAGUCAGUUUGCCAGUCUUGUGCCAUGCCCCCUGACCAAUUCCAUUGGAGUUUCCCCAGGGGCCACCUUGACCAAUUCUCUGGGCUUACCCACGACAGGACCCCUGAACGGUCACUUGAGCAGUCCCAUGGCUGUCCACCCUGGGACCACUCUGGCCAGCUCCCUGGGUCUGACUUCAGCUGGCUCCCUGACGACCAGCAGCCGCCUGGCAGGCCCACUGGCUGUAUCUCAGAGCAGCCCCCUCAUGGCUCCCCUGGCAGGCACAGUGGCAGUCUCUCUGAGCAGCCCCCUGCUGUCCCCCACCACUGCCCCUCUAGGUGUUUCUCAGAACAUACUGCCCAACCCCAUAAACAACCUAGGGCUGUCAGAGGCCCCAAGGGUGCGGUUGGCGGAGCCAGCCCGAGGAAGCCUCUCAGGAGCCUCAGCCGGUGCAGGACCAGCCACCACCUCCAAAGUCACCGGUGAGCACCCCCAGCCGACCCAGGACUCAGAGCCCCUCAACAUGAUGUUUGUGGGUGCACCCCUCCAGAUCUCCACCCCCAUGAGCACCAUCGCCACAUCCAGUCCCACAACAAAUUUUUAUGCCACCUCGGAUACUCGGACCCAGACGGGUGUUCUCCAGGGACAAAUGACCCUCGUUUCUCUCCCAAACUCCCCAACAGGCUCUCCUACUUGCACAGUCCCCAACUCUGUCCCGACACCUGCCCCACAAGGUACUGGAAACUAUUCCCCUUCAAGAAAUUCCCACUCCAACUCCACCACCAGGGUGCACCAAUCUCCUACCCGGCCUGUGCCCAAUCCCCAUUCUCCUCCACGCAAUCCCCACUCCCCGUCCCGCACCUCAUCUUCUCCGGCUUCAGUCAAUGACACCCGGGGUGCACGCACCGUGGAACAGUCUCGGAAGAGUGUGCUGGAGAUGGAGCGGAAGGUGUCCCAUCGCAAGUCUAGCAAGUUCCCUGACCCUCCCCGAGACUCAAAGCAACUAGCCUGGGAGAGGCUAGUGGGGGAGAUCGCCUUCCAGUUAGACCGAAGAAUCCUAUCCAGCAUCUUCCCAGAGCGCGUGCGCCUCUACGGCUUCACUGUCUCCAACAUUCCUGAGAAGAUCAUCCAGGCCUCCCUAAACCCCAGUAACCACAAGCUGGAUGAGGACCUCUGCCAGACCCUCACGCAGCGCUAUGUGAGCAUCAUGAACAGGCUGCAGAGUCUGGGCUACAAUGGACGGGUGCAUCCAGCGCUGACGGAGCAGCUGGUGAAUGCGUAUGGCAUCUUGCGCGAGCGGCCUGAGCUGGCAGCGUCUGAAGGUGGCUCCUACACUGUGGACUUCUUGCAGCGUGUACUGGUGGAAACCGUGCACCCCAGCAUGCUCACCGAUGCGCUCCUGCUGCUGUCCUGCCUUAACCAGCUGGCCCAUGACGACGGCAAACCCAUGUUCAUCUGGUAGCAACACUGGUGCCCGGCUGGCCCAGGCUCACUUCGCCCUGCAGGCUGUCGUGCAUGGCCAUUAAAGUUUCCCACAGACACAAGUCACUGGCCCAUGCCACACCUACCUGCUCCUGUGGGGUACCUCACUAAGUACAUUCAGUUUUGUCGGUCCUGGAGGGCCACAUUCACAUUACAGGCACCUGGAGAGAUUGCUCAGAUCAAGGCUCAGAUGCUGUCUUUCUGCAGGGAUUGAAUGGAAAGCCCCAGGUUCCCUUCCACUUGAUAAUGAAAGGAGAAGUUCUG